UCUUGUGACCUUGGACGAGUUAAAGAACUUGUGCACGCCUCUGCGCCUGGGUCUGCAACCUGAAAAGACGAACCCAGACAGCACAGAGCUACUGCGUUUGGCAAAAUGCGGGCACCGAGCCUCUCUCGGUACCUCGUGGUGGUAUUGAGUGAUGUCUAACUGCGAAUUGGAGUGGGGGGGUGUCCCUCUGGGCCCACCCUAGGAGAGCAGAGAUUCCUCUGAAGGAGGGAAUAACUUAAGUCUGCACCCCUAGAAGCAGAAUUCGAGAGAGGAAGAUCUACGGGUGCUGGCGGGGUAGGGAAGUGGUGGGGGUUAAGAGAAACCUUAAUUCUUUCACCCCACCCAAUGCUUGGAACUGGGCGGAGCCGGCGUGGUCCAGCCUGCGCGCUUCCCACCCUCGGACCCCGCCUUCGGCCCCGCCCUCGUCUACCCCGCGCCCCCAUUGGUGGCGUCGGGCAGCGCGGCCGCUGUUAUUUUUCGAAUAUAUAAGGGGGUGGAGGUGGCAGCUGCUGCUAGAGGCUCCCCAGGCCGGCGGCGGGUCGCCGCGUCCCUCCACCACCCCUCCCCACCCUUCCCUCUCCUCCCUGGCCUCCCUUGCUCUGACCCCGCUGCUCUUCCUCCCUUCCCCCCCUCUCCCAGACCCGCUCCCCACCUCGUCCCUCCAGCUGUGCCAGGCGUGUCAGGCCGAUCGAUCGCCUGGUGCGGGCUCUUUGGCGCAGCCAUCUGCGGGCCCUGCGGCGAUGGAGCCGCUCCACUCGGACCCCGCGCCGGCUCCGCCUCUCAGCCCCGCCGGUGCGCGCGGGGACGCCGAGCGUCCCGGGCAUCUCCCAGGCCUCCGGUUGGGGGCUCAUGGCUUCCUGGGGUCCCCGGAGCGCGCGGCCGCUUCCUCGCCGGUCACCACCCUCACCAAGACCAUGCAUAACCUCGCUGGGCUCGGCAGAGAGACCCCAAAGACUCAGGCAGGCAGCCAGCUCACAAGCCUGUCCCUCACACGCCGCGGGUCUGAGUCCUCCCUGUCAUCUGAGUCAUCUGAAGCGUCUGAUGCAGGUCUCUGCAUGGAUUCUCCCAGCCCCAUGGACCCCCAGAUGGCAGAGAGGACGUUUGAACAGGCCAUCCAGGCAGCCAGCCGGGUCAUGCGAAAUGAGAAAUUUGCCUUCCGACGCUUCCAGUCCUUACCAGGGAGGCUUCUUGGCCACAGCCCUGUGCUUCGGAACAUCACUAACUCCCAAGCGUCUGACAACUGGAGGAAGAGGGAGUCAUACCGCAGAGCUGCCUGUAGCCCUGAGGAGGACAAAGAGAAUGAUGGCCCUGUCUUCAAGAUGCCCUGCAAGCCCAUAGCUCCCAGCCCUGCACAGACUCUGGCAGAGUGGGCUGACCACAGGGAAGCCUUUGCCCAGAGGCCAAGCUCAGCGCCUGACCUGAUGUGUCUCACCCCUGAACGGAAGAUGGAAGUAGAGCAGCUGAGUCCCCUUGUUCGGAGUCCCUUUUCCUUGACCCCUACCAAGAGUAUUGGUGAGGAGGAUGAUGGCUUUGUGGAUAUCCUGGAGAGUGACUUAAAGGAAGAAGAUUCCGUUCCCCCAGGUAUGGAGAGUCUCAUUAGUGCCCCUCUAGUCAGGACCUCAGAAAAGGAAAAGGAGCAGGACCUCAUCAUGUACAGCAAAUGCCGGCGGCUCUUCCGUUCCCCGUCCAUGCCCUGCAGCGUGAUUCGGCCUAUCCUCAAGAGGCUGGAGCGCCCCCAGGACAGGGAUGUGCCCAUACAGAGCAAGCGGAGGAGAAGUGUGACCCCUCCAGAGGCAGAAGAACAGGAUGAGGAGAAAGCAGAGGAGCCUAAAGCCCGCGUCCUUCGCUCAAAGUCCUUGUGUCACGACGAGAUUGAGAACCUCCUAGCCAGUGAUCACCAUGAGCUGAUCGGAGAUUACUCCAAGGCUUUCCUCCUGCAGACUGUGGAUGGAAAGCACCAAGACCUCAAGUACAUUUCACCAGAAACGAUGGUUGCCCUGCUGUCAGGCAAGUUCAACAACAUCGUGGAGAGGUUUGUGAUCGUGGACUGCAGAUACCCCUAUGAGUAUGAAGGCGGGCACAUCAAGACUGCUGUGAACCUUCCCCUGGAACGAGAUGCCGAGACCUUCCUGCUCCAGAGUCCCAUCUUGCCUGGUAGCCUGGAUAAGAGGAUCAUUCUCAUUUUCCACUGUGAAUUCUCAUCUGAGCGUGGACCCCGAAUGUGCCGUUUCAUCAGGGAACGAGACAGAGCAGCCAAUGACUACCCCAGCCUUUACUACCCUGAAAUGUAUAUCCUCAAAGGCGGCUACAGGGAGUUCUUCCCCCAGCACCAGUCCUUCUGUGAGCCCCAGGACUACCGGCCCAUGAACCAUGAGGACUUCAAGGAAGAGCUGAGAACCUUCCGCCUCAAGACACGCAGCUGGGCAGGGGAGCGGAGCCGGCGGGAGCUGUGUAGCCGCCUGCAGGAACAGUGAAGGGCCUGCCAUAGUCUCAUCCACUGCUCUUGUCCCUAAACUCAGUCUUGAGUCCAACCAUAUUUCAUAUCCUGGUGCUGCCCCCUUCCUAUUCCCAGGCCCUGGAAGUGCCCAGCCUGUUGAUUUAGUGAAACUGGAUUAAGUCCAGCUCAAAGGAAGUAUUUUAUAUCUGACUGGAGCCUUUCUGCUUGCUUUUUAUUCUCUUCCUUGUUUGAGUUAACCCUUUGUCUUUCUGUGUCCAGAACAUUCCCCUUUUCUCAAGGUAUUUUUUUGUGUAUGAGGCCAAGGCAAAGCCUCCCAGAAUGGACAAGAACUACACUCCUCCCUCCCCUGGGAGUCAGCCACCUGUCUGUCCUCUGGAGAAUUCCUGAGUGUGUCUGUCAUGUUCCUUUCUCUUUCCCUUCCUCCUGUCCCUCCAUACCAUCACUUCUAGCACAAACACUUCUUACACUUUUUCUGUUUCAGUGUUUGUUAUCUGCAGGCUUGAUCUGUGUGUCUGAUUUUACCCCUCUCAGGACAUUCACAGGCUGAGGUUUAACUACAAGCUGACCCCACUUCUAUUGUCUCAAGAAAAAGAGCGUUAUUCUGGGAGGACAAGGGCUGUGGGCAAGAGCUAAAGCCUGCAUCUCAAGCCUACUGGAAAUCCAGCCCCCACUGCUGUGGAAUUGCCCCUGAAUCCUGAUUUGCUGCUGUCUUAUGGACGGAUGGAAGCCGACUAGGUGGAGAGGCGUGGAUAUCCAACACCUUCAGUAUCUAACCAUUGAAUGACAGCCUGUUAAUGAGCAUGAUAGCCUCCAGUAAGAGCCUGCCUAUCUGUCUGUGUGGACAUAAUCUUUACUUUUUAAGUUCGGUUUGGAAAUAUUCAAGAGGAAAUGUUAUAGAAGCAGCUAAACCAAGGACAGAGUCAUACCUGGAUUGUGAAGCUCAAGAUGUGGAAAGGGUUAUGCUUGGAGGUCCUGAAUGAGUCACUUCUUGGGGCCUUGGUUGAAUAAAGCACUGAGCAUUGAGUAA